CCUAAAGUGACGGGCUUCUCUCUUCCACUAUAAAUAUACAUGCAACAGACACACUCAUCCUCGUCACUUAGCAACCAUCAUCGGAAGGUGAGGGAAGACAUGGGGCGCGAGAGAGACACGAGCGGAGUGAUCAAAACGAAGAAGAUGAGGAGGAUUGCUGGACCAAUAAGCUCCAUUUUCAAGCAUGCAGAUGCCGCCGACAGGUGGCUGAUGGCUCUAGGUCUGAUCGGGGCGGUCGGCGACGGCAUCUCCACGCCGUUCGUGCUGCUCCUGUCGAGCCGCCUCAUGAACAACAUAGGCAACGCACCGUCUCUGGGCGAAGGCCAGUUCCCUCGAGUCAUCGACGAGGACGCACUAUCUCUGGUCUACAUGGCUUGUGGACUAUUUUUCGCUGCUUUUCUAGAGGGGUAUUGUUGGACGAGGACGGGAGAGAGGCAAGCCUCGAGGAUGAGAUCCAUGUACCUGAGAGCAGUGCUAAGGCAAGACGUGGGCUAUUUUGACUUGAACGUUACGAGCACGUCCGAGGUUGUCACGAGUAUCUCCAACGACACGAUUGUGAUUCAAGAUGCUCUCAGUGUUAAGGUGCCAAGCUUUGUGGUGAACACAUCCACAUUCCUUGGGAGCUACAUAGCAGCGUUGCUGCUCCAGUGGAGACUUGCCCUAGUGAGCUUUCCCUUCGUGGUGCUCCUCGUGAUCCCGGGCUUAAUCUACGGGAGGACUCUAAUGGGGCUAGCAAGGAGAGUUAGGGAGGAGUACGACAAGGCAGGCACGAUUGCAGAACAAGUCAUAUCCUCCAUCAGAACGGUUUAUGCCUUCGUUGGUGAGAGCAAGACCAAGAGCGAUUUCUCUGGAGCGCUUGAAGGGUCGGUCAGAUUGGGGUUGAAGCAGGGCUUGGCCAAAGGCCUGGCCAUUGGGAGCAACGGGGUUGUGUAUGGGAUUUGGGCCUUCAUGGCUUACUACAGCAGCAGGAUGGUCAUGUACCACGGCGCUGAAGGCGGUACUGUUUAUGCCGUUGGAGCUGGCUUAGCCGUCGGAGGAUUAGCAUUUGGCACCGGUUUAUCGAAUUUGAAGUACUUUGCCGAAGCAAUCUCUGCAGUGGAACGUAUCACAGAGGUGAUCGAUCGAGUCCCCAAGAUUGAUACCAACAACUUGGAAGGGAGGAUUGUGGAGAAAGUUUCCGGGGAAAUCGAAUUCAAGCAUGUGGAGUUCGCGUACCCAUCGCGGCCCAACAUUGUCUUCAAAGACUUUUGCCUGAGGAUACCGGCGGGAAAGUCAAUUGCUCUUGUGGGCGGUAGCGGGUCUGGGAAAUCUACGGUCAUCUCUUUAUUGCAAAGGUUUUAUGAUCCUCUCAAUGGAGAAAUCCUUCUGGAUGGAGUUCCCAUUGAUAAGUUGCAGCUCAAGUGGCUAAGGUCACAGAUGGGCUUGGUGAGCCAAGAGCCAACAUUAUUUGCCACCACCAUAAAGGAGAACAUCCUAUUUGGUAAGGAAGAUGCCACCAUGGAAGAGGUAGUUGAAGCAGCCAAAGCUUCCAAUGCACAUAAUUUCAUCUCUCAAAUGCCUCAGGGAUAUGAUACGCAGGUUGGUGAAAGAGGCAUUCAAAUGUCUGGAGGACAGAAGCAGAGAAUUGCCAUUGCAAGAGCUAUAAUCAAAUCCCCUCGAAUUCUCCUCCUUGAUGAGGCAACUAGUGCUUUGGACUUGGAAUCGGAGAGAAUCGUUCAAGAGGCCCUUGAGAAGGUUGUGGUUGGGCGAACCACCAUCAUUGUCGCUCAUCGGCUAUCCACCAUCCAAAACGCCGAUGUCAUUGCCGUCGUCCAAAAUGGCCAGGUGAUGGAAAGUGGCUCGCAUCAAGAGUUGAUCCGAUUUAAAGGAGGUAUAUACUCUUCCCUUGUGCAUCUUCAACAAAUGGAAAGCAAGAAAACUCAAGACGAAGCUCAGGUCAUAUCCCCAAGGUCACCGUCCUCUGCUAAGAUCGAUUCUACAAGGGAUCCUACAGCCUCCAUCUUCGGCUCAGCCAAUAAUGCGGAAUCAGCUCAAAUGUUAACAGAGAGAAGGAACACAAGAGAAGGCCUAAGAUUUCAAACUUCAAUGCUUCGGAGAUUAUUAUCUUUCAGUCGCCCAGAAUGGAAACAAAGAACGUUGGCAUGUGUUAGCGCUGUCUUGGGUGGUGCCAUUCAACCGGUGUUUGCAUUCAUGCUGGGGUCGAUGAUAUCGGUCUUCUUCUUAACAGAUCAUGAUGAGAUUAAGGAGAAGACAAGGACGUAUACAUUGUGCUUCGCAGGGUUCUUCAUGAUCUCGUUGCUGAUCAACACGUCUCAACACUACAAUUUCGCCUAUGUUGGGGAGUAUUUGACCAAGAGGAUCCGUGAGAUGAUGUUGGCGAAGAUUCUCACUUUUGAGGUCGGUUGGUUUGAUCAAGACAAGAACUCGAGUGGUGCUGCUUGCUCUAGACUUGCCAAAGACACCAAUGUGGUGAGAUCAUUGGUAGGUGACCAAAUGUCUCUCCUUGUACAAGCCAUCUCAGCAGUAACCAUAGCCUGCAUAAUGGGACUUGUGAUCGCAUGGAGGCUUGCCAUUGUCAUGAUAGCCAUCGAGCCACUCAUCAUUCUCUGCUUUUAUGGAAGAAAAACCCUGCUCAAGGGUAUGUCGCAGAAGGCCAUUGAAGCACAAAAUGAGUGCAGCAAAUUAGCUGCUGAAGCAGUGUCCAGUCACAGAAUGAUCACUGCCUUCUCUUCCCAAGAAAAAAUCCUGAAGAUGCUGAAAAAGGCCCAAGAAGGCCCCUGGAGAGAGAGCAAGAGGCAGUCAUGGUUUGCUGGGGUCGGGCUUGGUGCAUCCCAGAGCCUUACCAAGUGUACAAUGGCUUUCGACUUUUGGUACGGUGGGAAGUUGGUUACGCAGGGCUACAUCACAUACAAGGAGGUUUUCGAGACUUUCAUGAUUUUGCUCUCCACUGGAAAGGUCAUUGCCGAUGCGGGAAGCAUGACCACUGACAUCGCCAGGGGCUCGGGAGCCAUGAAGUCUGUCUUUGCUGUCUUGGACCGCGAAACGAACAUCGAGCCUGCCGACCCACAAGGCUUCAAACCUGAAAAGAUAUCGGGCCAUGUGGAAGUUCGUGAUGUGGACUUUGCUUAUCCAGCUAGGCCCGAUGCGAUGAUCCUAAAGGGCUUCUCCAUCGAUAUUGAGGCGGGGAAGUCAACAGCCUUGGUAGGUCAGAGCGGGUCUGGAAAAUCAACCAUCAUUAGCCUGAUCGAGAGAUUCUAUGAUCCACUCCGAGGGACGAUCAAGAUCGACGGCCGAGAAAUAAGAUCAUACCAUCUCCAAUCUCUGAGACAGCAUAUCGCCCUGGUCAGCCAAGAGCCGACACUAUUCGCUGGCACCGUGAAGGAGAACAUCAUAUUCGGAGUUUCUUCUGCAGUUGACGAGAUGGAGAUCCUCGAAGCCGCUAGAGUGGCAAAUGCCCAUGGCUUCAUCUCAGGAUUGAAGGACGGGUAUGACACUUGGUGCGGCGACAAGGGCGUGCAACUCUCCGGCGGCCAGAAGCAACGCGUCGCCAUAGCCCGGGCCAUACUGAAGAACCCAAGUGUGUUGCUGCUGGACGAGGCAACGAGCGCGCUCGAUGGGCAAUCAGAAAGGAUGGUGCAAGAUGCAUUGGAGGACCUGAUGGUGGGCAGGACUAGUGUGGUGGUGGCCCAUAGGUUGAGCACCAUCCACAACUGUGAUGUGAUCGCAGUGUUGGAGAAGGGCAAAUUGGUGGAGAAAGGGACUCACUCUUCUUUGUUGGCCAAGGGUCCUGGAGGAGCUUACUACUCUCUAGCCAGCUUGCAUGUGACUACUUGAGCAUCAUUCGGCAAUGUUGACUAUAUCUUCCUUUUAAUACAAGAACUUGCUCUAAUUGUCACACCCUACAACUAUCAAGAAUGAAGGAUGACAUGGUUGUUCUUCCAUUCGAAGAACGCAGCCUCAAAUUAUCAAAAUCCAAUUGCAAAAAAUGCCCCCCGUUGAUAUCGUUUUUAUACUACUCAUCACUAGGGAAAGAACUUGAAAAAGAUUGGAAAGUAUAAAGUGAGCAACCACAGCUCAGUGAGUAAUACA